CCCCCCCUUCUUCCCCUCCUUCCCCACGUGACCGCCGCCAUCUUGUUCUGCGGGCGCCGAGGAAACGCAAAGGUUUUCUGGGCCUGCACAACGGACUCUUAAGUCACCGGUAUGUCUUCGGAAGAUGGAAAACUCUUCGUGGGAGGGCUCAACUUCAACACCGAUGAGCAAGCGCUGGAAGACCACUUCAGCAGUUUUGGACCCAUUUCUGAGGUGGUCGUGGUCAAGGACCGGGAGACUCAGCGUUCCCGGGGUUUUGGCUUCAUCACCUUCACCAAUCCAGAGCAUGCCUCUGAUGCCAUGCGCGCCAUGAAUGGAGAGUCUUUGGAUGGCCGCCAGAUUCGUGUGGACCACGCAGGCAAGUCUGCCCGGGGAACCCGAGGGGGUGCCUUUGGGGCCCACGGGCGUGGUCGCAGCUACUCCAGAGGUGGUGGGGACCAGGGCUAUGGGAGUGGCAGGUAUGACAGUCGUCCUGGAGGAUAUGGCUACGGAUAUGGAAGGUCCCGAGACUAUGGAGGCAGAAGCCAGGGUGGUUAUGACCGCUACUCAGGAGGAAAUUACAGAGAUAAUUAUGACAACUGAGAUGAGGCAUGCACACCUAAUGUAGAUACACAAGGAAUAAAACUUCUGAUCCAGGACCAUCCUUUCAAAUGGCUGUAUUUAUAAGGAUUUUUGGAGCUGCACUGAAACAACUUUUAGUAUGUCAACUUAUAUUUUUGAAUUGAGCUCCCAAGGUAGCUUGUUUAACCUUUUUAGUAAGCUCCACAUUUUUAAGCAAUUUCUUCCCAUUGCAAAUUUACAAAUUUGAGGACAUUUUUAAACUGGGUGUUUUUCCUUUCACUAGUUUAUUAGUUUGGACUCAGGAUUAUUGUUCUGGCAAAGAAAAAAAUGCCAGAUAUUUUAAGAUAAGGUGCAUUUACAGAUAUUUCUUAAAAACCCAUAUACGAUGCUUGUACUUGGGAAGCAAUUUCCGAAUGUAACUACAAGAAAUCUGCAUCAAGAUUAUGAUAACGUGAGGGUUUUUUUUAACUCAAGCUCACACCACUCAAAUUAUAUAGAAGUUUCUUAAAAAUAUGAAUGUGAAUGUCAUUUUUUUAAGUACUGGAAGAAAAAUAUUCUGUUGUGUUUCAUGUAGCAUUUAGGAUGUCCUUCAAGGAACUGAUUAAAAAGUUGAAACCUGAAAA